AUGGAUAAUGUUUCUGUUGUAAGAGUUUUCUUUCUAUCAGGGUUAAACGAGACAAAUAAUUACAUAGUAACUCUGUUGACAUUCACUUUACUGUAUUAUUGUGUGAUUGUGUUUUUCAAUGUCUCUAUCAUCAUGAUCAUUAUCUUAGAUCAACACCUACAUGAACCCAUGUAUAUCUUGUUGUGCAGUUUUUGCAUUAAUGGACUUUAUGGGACCACAGGUUUCUACCCCAAAUUCCUUUUUGAUUUGUUUUCUUCCUCUCAACAGAUCUCAUAUGAAGGAUGCCUUUUACAGGCUUUUGUCAUGUAUUCAUUUGCUUGUUGUGAUUUAUCCAUUCUAGCAGUGAUGGCCUACGACAGAUAUCUGGCUAUAUGUCGACCACUUCACUACCACUUUGUCAUGACAAAGAGGAGGCUCUCUCAGCUGAUAUGUUUCUCCUGGCUCACACCUUUCAGCCUCUUUUCCAUCAAUAUUCUGCUAACGUCAAGACUAAAGUUAUGUGGUGCAAAAAUUGACAGACUGUUUUGUGUGAACUGGGUAAUUGUCAAACUCACCUGCCCCGACACUGACACCUUUUCAAACAAUAUAACUGCAUUUUUUACAAUAUUCAUUUAUGUAUGUCAUGGGUUUUUCAUAAUUUGGACUUAUAUGCAUAUGAUUAGAACUUGUGUGAGGUCCAAAGAUGACAGGGCAAAGUUUAUGCAGACGUGUGUGCCUCAUUUAGUCUCUUUAGUCACAUUCCUUGUUGCAAUGCUUUUUGAUUUGAUGCAUAUGCGAUUUGGCUCCACAGAUUUACCUCAGAGCAUUCAAAACUUCAUCGCUAUAGAAUUCCUGCUCAUUUCUCCUGUGAUGAAUCCUCUAAUAUAUGGAUUUAAACUGACAAAGAUACGAAACAGAAUUGUAGGUUUAGUUUACUCCUCCGUCGAGUGCAAUCUCCAAUUCAAUCGAAUGUGA